AUGGAUAUGGAUGAUGAAGAUUAUGGUCUGGUAAGUUUUUUUGAUGGUUAUUCGCCUUUUUUCUUGAUGGUUUAGAUAACACAGAGCAUGAGGAUGCUUGUUAGUCGUUUUGUUUGUCAUAAAAUCAGUUGAAUCGCUAGUAUUUCUCUAAAAAAAUAGUAAAAUUAAUAGCUUUCUCCCAAUUUUCGUCCACGGUUUUUUUGCAACCUAAUUUGCCCAACAAAUUAUUCAUGGACGAAAAUUUCAGGAGUAUUCCGACGAUUCCGGAUCCGAGCCUGAUGUAGCUUUGGAAAAUCAGUAUUAUGCGGCGAAGAGUCUGAAAUCGGAUGGAGAUUAUGAAACAGCCCUUGAUACCUUCCGUGAGGUCGUUGAACUUGAGAGUGACAAGGGAGAGAAAGGCGAUUGGGGAUUCAAGGCGUUGAAGCAGAUGAUCAAGUUGACUUUUAAGAUGGUAGGUGGUUUAAAAUUGUUGUUUCUUGUUGUUUAGGUAAAAUGUGAUGUCUGGAAGGCUUGAAAGACUUUUUUACGAAGGUUUAAAUGGCUUUUUUGGCCAUCAACCUCUACUGCAAUAUAAUUUUUAUCUUCGAAUUGUUUCAGGAGCGCUAUGAUGCUAUGUUAAAGCACUAUACCAAGUUGUUGACCUAUAUUAAGUCUGCUGUUACCAAGAAUUAUGCCGAAAAGAGUAUCAAUUCCAUCUUGGAUUAUGUUUCGACUUCCAAGAAAACAGAACUUCUCCAAAAUUUCUACCAGAUCACUCUAGACGCUUUAAAAGUGAGUUUUAAUUUGUUUGAAGUGUUUUUUGAUUUUAGGCUGCUGAAAUGAAAAAAAAAAAUAAAAUUUUUUGUCAUGUGUAAUAUAAUUUUUUUUGUUUAGGACGCCAAAAACGAUCGUUUAUGGUUCAAGACCAAUAUAAAGCUGGGAAAAUUAUAUUUCGACCAAAAAGAAUACGAAAAAUUGGAGAGAGUUCUGAAGCAGCUCCGCCAAUCCUGCAAGAAUGAGCAAGGAGAGGAGGAUCAGAAGAAAGGAACCCAAUUGCUCGAAAUUUACGCGCUGGAAAUUCAAAUGUACACCGAACAGAAAAAUAAUAAGGAACUGAAUCGUCUAUACGAGCAAGCUGUGCAUGUGAAAUCCGCAAUUCCACAUCCACUCAUCAUGGGUAAGAUAAAAGUGGUUUUGCUAUUUGAAAGUGAGCUAUAAAAUGGGUGAAAUUGAUGUUGAGAGAAUGAUUGAGACUUAGAGGAAAUAUGGUUUUUAUUUGGGGAUGGAAUAUUAUAGUUGAACAUGUUUUUGGACAAAAAAUUUAUAUUGUACUAGAUACUGAUGUAAAAUUGGAUUUUUUUUUGAUUUUUGUGUUUGAUUUGGCUGAAUUUUGAAAUAUAAAAAAGUGUGAGGCUAUAAUAUAUCCAUUGGUUAUAUUUUUUUUCAUCUUCAAUAGCAUUUUUUAUCAAAUUUUAUAUUGUAGUAGGUGUUGAUGGAAAAGUCGAAAAAUUUUCUUUGUUUUUGCAAAAAUUUAGUGCGGAUUGAAAUCAAAAAUGGAAUAUGAGACCAAAAGAAAUAAAAUGGUGUCGUUUUCUGGUCCAAACUGGAAUUUUACAUUAGUUUUUUCGGUCAAAAACUUAUAUUGUAGUAGAUGAUGAUCAAAAAUCUGAUCAUUUUCCCAAUUUUUGGUUCGAGAUUUGUUUUUAUUGAUAUCUCUAGGCUUCAUAAGGUGUACUAAGACUAUCUCAAGAAAUUUUGUUGAGGUGUAAGAACAUUUUUACGAUGAUUUAUAUUGUACUAGGCAUCAAUUGAAAUUUGAUAAAUUUUAACCUCAUAACGCAUAUUUUCACGGUCAAAAUGGCUGAUAAAACAACCUCAUGUCUCGUUAAUUUCAGGGACGGUUCGAGAAUGCGGCGGGAAAAUGCAUCUGCGGAACGGCGAGUACUCGAAAGCGAACACCGACUUUUUCGAGGCCUUCAAAAAUUACGACGAAUCCGGGUCGCCCCGACGAAUUGUCUGCCUGAAAUACGUCGUCUUGGCCAAUAUGCUGAUGAAGUCGGAUAUCAACCCAUUCGAUUCGCAGGAAACGAAGUCGUUCAAAAAUGAGCCGGAGAUUGUUGUGAUGACCCAAUUGGUCAGCGCCUAUCAGGACAAUAACAUUGAACUGUUCGAAAAGAUCAUCGAAGACAACAGACAGAGCGUGAUGAGCGAUCCAUUCAUCAGAGAGCAUAUUGAGGAGUUGUUGAGCAAUGUGAGAAGUCAGGUAAGGGAUCUGGGAAUUUGAAUUUUGAAUUUCCCGCCAAAAAUAUUUUUAGGAUUUAGAGGGAAUGAUGGGCUAGAACAUGGUGAUAGGAGUCCAUGUGAGUGUUACUAGACAUUUGAAAGAUAUUUUUUGGAUUUUGUGUUAGUGUAAAGAGAUUUGGAAAUUUGAAUUUUGAUUUUUGAUUUUCCCGCCAAAAAUAUUUUUUUGGGAUUUGGAGGGAAUGAUGGGCUAGAAUAUGGUGAUAAGAGUCCAUGUGAGUGUUUCUAGACAUUUGAAAGAUGUUUUUUAGGUUUUAGGGCAGUAAGGGAGAUUUUGGAAAUUUAAAUUUUGAUUUUCCCGCCAAAAAUAUAUUUGGGGAUUUAGAGAUGGGCUAGAAUAUGGUGAUAAAAGUGCAUGUGAAUGUUACUAGAAAUUAGAAAGACGCUUUUUGAUGUUUUAUGGAAGUAAGGGAGAUUUGGAAAUUUUGAAUUUCCCGCCAAAAAUAUUUUUAGGGAUUUAGAGGGUGAAUGGGGUAAAAUACGGGGUAUGGACGAUAUGAAUGUUAUUAGAGACACUCUAAAGAUAUUUCGUGGGGUUUUAGGGAAGUAAGAGAGAUUUAUAAAAUUUGAAUUUUGGGUUUCCCGCCAAAAAUAUUUUUGGGGAUUUAGAGGGUGAAUGGAGUAAAAUGUGGUGAUAAAAGUCCAUGGAGUGUUAAUAGAAAUUUGGAAGACGUUUUUUGAUGUUUUAGGGAAGUAAGGGAGAUCUGGAAAAUUUGAAUUUUUAUUUUCCCGCCAAAUUUUUUUUUGGGGAUUUAGAGAUGAAUGGGGUAAAAUAUGCUGGGGGUAGUUCAUAUGAGUGUUACUAGACAUUUGAAAGAUGUUUUUUUGGAUUUUGUGUUAGUGUAAAGAGAUCUGGAAAAUUUGAAUUUUUAUUUUCACGCCAAAAUUUUUUGGGGAUUUAGGGGGAAUGAUGGGGUAAAAUACGUUGUUUGUAGUUCGAGUCGAGUGUUUAUACUAUGUGAAUGUUAUUACACACUUUAAAAGUUUUUCCCGCUAAAAUCGGAAUCUCACAAACUCUUCGAAAAUAUUUGUCUUUCUAUAAAAUCCGAUUUUUAGGUCCUCCUGAGUCUGGUUCGACCCUACAAAACAGUAAGACUAGCCUACCUCUCGGAUCAGCUUCGUAUUCCGCAAGAUGAAAUUAUCCGUCUGCUGGUGGAGUUGAUCCAAGAAAAGAAGAUCAAUUUGAAGAUUGAUUACGUCCGCGGAGUCCUCUGCACCAUCCCCGACGAAUUUCAAGGCAUCUCUCGCGAACGCCACGAAGCCUUCUUGGGCAUGCACCGACAAUUAGAAACCCUGAGGAAAAGCAUCGUCGAUAAAGUACAGUAA